CUGACGGGGGUGGGCAGAACACCAGUCAAAGUGCCCGUGGCAAGGGUACACCUGAAGUGGGGGGCCAAGGAGGGCCCCAAGGAUGUGGGGGUACACCCGUAUUUGCCCACUGAGGUAUUGAUGGGGGGGGACCUGGAGAACUGGCCAAGCAACCCCCAAAAGGCACUGGUUGUGACCCGCGGUCAGAGCCGGCGAGGGGCACUGCGCCCUGGCCUUGGGGGGGGUGCCUUGCCUGGGGCGCAGGACCCUAACCUGGUGGGGAGGGAACGCCCAGGGACACGGCUCAGGGAGGCUGCAGCUUCACACCCAGCGGGCGAGAAAGAGCAGGUGGCCAUCCCUGUCCCAGCUGCUGAGUUCCAGGCCGAGUUGCAGAGAGAUCCCUCCUUGCGGAAGAUAAGGGACCUGGCCAACCUCAAUGCGGUACAGACCAUGGGACGAGGUGGCCGGAAAAGGUUCCUGUGGGAGAAGGGGUUCCUGUACCGAGAAUGGGCUCCCCCAGGGAAAAUGGAGUCAGGGGGGAUCAGGAGGCAGCUGGUGGUACCCCAGAAGUAUCGCCGCCAGCUGCUGUGCCGGGUCCAUGACAUUCCCCUCUCAGGGCACCAGGGAACCUGGCGUACCCAGCAGAGGCUGCUACGGAGCUUUUACUGGCCUGGGGUCUUUGUUACUGUCCGACAGUACUGCGGAUCCUGUGACCCCUGUCAGAGGGGGAGGAAGGCCUGGGACAAGGGGAAAACAGCUUUAGGACCCUUGCCCAGCAUAAAGGAUCCUUUCCAGAGGGUGGCCAAGGUUAAAAGGGCGGCUCUAAACCAAGGGAGCCCAAAGCACAGACCUCCAGACUGAAGCGCUGGGAGAAGACCACAGCCCAGUUGGAACCCCAGAGGUAUGGGGGUGGGAAAAGGGCACAGGCCGCAUAAACCUUCCCACAUGCGAACUGCGAGUGCCAUCAAGCACCCCGACCUAAGGGGGGGCGUGAAAUUGAAGGGGCCUGGUGUAAUUCCCACCAAGGAACUGGAGGGAUGCGGGGGCAUCCAUGGGAACGGGGGUAGG